AUGAAGGCGCCGGAGUCGACUGUCGACGUUUUAAUCAUAGGGGCGGGCCCCGCGGGCCUGAUGGCAGCAGCAUGGAUGGCGCAGUGCGGAAUCAACACACGGAUUGUGGAGGAGCGCAAGGAUGGACGUCAGGUUGGCCGAGCAGAUGGAUUGCACACCCGAUCAAUGGAAAUCUUUGAGAGCUUCGGAUUCGACCAGGAAGUGACGAAGUUGUGGGAUCCUAUCACCGAUGACGCCGUGUGGUCACGAGAUGCAGACGGCUCCUUCUACCGGUCUGAGCGCGAGACCAGGCCAUUGCCGCUGCGUGCACGGUGGACUGGAGGACUCUUACAACAAGCUGUGAUUGAGGACAUCAUCAAGCGACAUAUCAAAUCAGUCGCACCUAUUGAAGUAGAGUACGAAAUGGUUCCGACAAGCCUGAGCAUCAAUGAGAAUGACGUGAGCGAUCCGGAUCGUCAUCCGUGUGUCGUCACACUGCGACGCAAAUCGACAAGAAUUGGGGGAAACUGCGUUAGCUCCGAGUCUGAAGAGACCGUGCGCGCUAAAUAUGUGAUUGGCGCUGAUGGAGGCAAAUCUUGGACGCGAAAGCAGCUUGGAUUCACAAUGGAGGGCAACCGAACACAGUCAAUCUGGGGUGUUAUCGAUCUGGUCGUGACUUCGGACUUUCCUGAUAUCCGAACCGCGACAACUGUGAAAAACAAUGAGGGUGGAAACCUUUUUUUAUUCCGCCGAGAACGAGGAAUGACCCGCUUCUAUGUGCAGUUGAACAAGAGUAAGGACGGAGAGAUCCUACGCCGUGAAUCAGUCACCCAGGAGACAAUUAUCGAAAAGAUCAAAUUCAUGCUUCGACCAUACACGGUCAACGUGAAGCGUUGUGAAUGGUGGUCCGCCUAUACAGUGGCCCAGCAUUUGAGCACUGGCAUGUCGAAACAUGGACGUGCUUUUCUUGUCGGCGAUGCGGUUCACACUCAUUCUCCGCUUGUUGGACAGGGGAUGAACAUUAGCAUGCAAGACUCCUACAACCUCGGUUGGAAGCUUGCCGGUGUCAUCCGCAAGCGAUACAACCCGAGCAUUCUGGCUACAUUCGAUCUCGAGCGAUACCAUGUUGCUAAGCAGCUCGUUGAGGUUGAUCAGGUCUAUUUGCAGCUUUUUGACGCACCCAAGGGACAGGAGCCCAACUGGCUACUUGAGCGCGCAGCCCAGAUGGAGCCAUUCCUGAUGGGCCUAUCUGUGCAUUACGACAAGUCCCCGUUGACAGCAUGGUCACCGAAGACAAUACCACUUGACCCCCAAGCAGACCACAUUAUCCCCGGCAAGAGAUUCCCCGAAAUGACCGUCUCCAAUCAUGCGACAGCCAAGAUCUACCCUCUGCAGCAGCUGCUUCGAAGCAACGGUCGAUUCCACGUUAUUGUCUUCGCGGCAGAUGUUUCUGAGCCUUGUCAUCUUGAGCGGAUGAAUACUGUGGGUGCUGGGCUGGCUUUGGUCGAACAGGAAUUCAAGCAUGAAGUCGAUAUCUUUGCUGUCCAUUGCGCGUCCCGUUCAAAGGUGGAACUUGCCGGUAUGCAUGAGACUUUUUUCCCGGAGGAUGUUGAGACAGGGAGAGACUAUGACCGAGUUUAUUGCAUUGAAGAUUUGGCAUAUACAGAUCUGGGGAUCAGUUCGGAUGGAGCGAUUAUUGCUGUCCGUCCGGAUCAGUAUAUUGGUUGGCUCGGUGGAUUGGGUGACAUGGACAAACUGAGCCAGUACUUUGAGGAUGUUUUCGAUGCUAAGUGA